UUCGUCGACCUUUCUCCCCUUCCUCUAUCCGGUUAUGGAGGUCUGCUAGAAAUACAUUUAAACGCAGCUGCGCACGAAAAUACGACAAACCUCCGGUCAGGAACCAGAUACCCACCUCUACUUAAAACACACAAUCCAAGAUGCCAGUGGCUGUAGGUCCGUAUGGCCAGACCCAGCCUAGCUGUUUUGACCGGGUCAAGAUGGGCUUCAUGAUGGGGUUUGCAGUAGGAAUGGCUGCCGGCGCCAUGUUUGGCACUUUCUCCUGUCUCAGGAUCGGCAUGCGUGGCAGGGAGCUGAUGGGAGGAGUAGGGAAGACCAUGAUGCAGAGCGGGGGGACGUUUGGCACCUUUAUGGCCAUCGGUAUGGGAAUCCGCUGCUGAGGGGGACGAGGAGCGACCUCCUCCACCUCCACACAACAAUACAGCUAUGGGACUUUUCAAAAAACUACAACCACAGCUCUCUGUCCGCUCGAUGCUGUCACACUCUCAAUCUGCAGUCUAGUUUUGUCAAUAAAAGUUCAGAUUUGUCAAAUGGGG